UCCUGCAGCAACCCGACUCGACGAGCCCGACGAUCUCGGACCUAUCGUUCCCUGCGAAACAGGAGACGAACCAAGAAUGCAAAGAAGAGGAAUCGCAGGAUUUCGAGGACGAACAGCAACCAAAUGAGACGCAGCCUCACGAGACGGAGCACAAGAAACGUAAAAGACGCGUACUCUUCUCAAAGGCACAGACGUUCGAACUCGAGAGACGGUUUCGUCAACAGAGAUACCUUAGCGCACCUGAGAGAGAACACCUAGCUUCCAUUAUACGCCUGACGCCGACCCAAGUAAAAAUUUGGUUCCAAAACCACAGGUACAAAACGAAAAGGGCGGCGUCAGAGCGGGUGGAAGCUAGCGGAAGUGGAUGUUCGCCAAGAAGAGUCGCGGUACCGUUAUUAAUCAAAGACGGAAAACCGUGCCAAUCGAAAUUGAUGGAACCAGCCGCGUAUCCGGCCACUAGUCAAGUGCCCAUGCCGCCGUACAUGCAGAAACCGUACUGGUGGUAAGGGACGAAUUAUUGAAUCAUCGGUCAUAGUGAUUUCCAAGUGGGGUUGUGAAACUUUUUGUGAACGAUAAAUACAAGUCGUGAAUACUUGCCAGUAAGAGAUUCGUUUAAAGGUGAAGAGAGAAGACUACGAUCAUUGCAACUGGGAAUUGAAGAGAAAGCCAAUGGAAAAUACAGAAUGGAGUUUGAGAGUUCUUGUUGAGAAAGCCAAUGGAAAAUACAGAAUGGAGUUUUCAUCGUUUGUGAACGCGACGAUGAUAAGUGGAACUUAUUUCGUUACCAGUGAACAACUCUGGAAAUCCAAAGUGCAAAAUUCUUCCUAUUUACAAUAAGGAUCGUACGUAGAUAUCCUUCUUGUUGUUAUUAGAAUUAAAACCAAGUAUUGCCAAUCGAAACUGUCGAUAAAUAAUUGAAAGUGAGAAUUGAACUUUUGUGCAAAGUGUCGCUCGAGUGAAAUCGAUCGGACAGUGUUACGUUUCCUCGAUUGCGACGAGGAGAAACCAAAGAUAUGUAGUUUACAGUUGACGAACGGGGAGUGUAAAUAAGAAUUAUAAAUGGAAAUGUCCCGAUUUGUGUUCACGACAAAAUGUCUGCUCACGUAUUUUUCCUAUAAUUCUACGUUAUUCGAAAUUUAUAGAAGAAUAGUGAGUAGAAAUGUUGACGCGAAGAGAAAUUGGUACAUGUAGCUUAUACAGUUUUCGAGAUUCAUAGAAUCGUAUCGAACGAAAUUAGGAAUUUGGCAAGAAAAAAAUGAUAGUAAAAUAAAAUUAGAUAAGUGGACGAAAUACGUAAGAAUCGUUACGUAGAU